GGUUACAGAAUAGAUUUUUAUUUUGAUGAGAAUCCAUAUUUUGAAAACAAGAUGCUCUCCAAAGAGUUUCAUCUGAAUGAAAGCGGAGACCCAUCAUCCAAAUCCAGUGAAAUCAAAUGGAAAUCUGGGAAGGAUCUGACCAAGCGCUCUAGCCAGACGCAGAACAAGGCCAGCAGAAAGAGGCAGCAUGAAGAACCGGAAAGUUUCUUCACCUGGUUCACUGACCACUCUGACGCGGGCGCCGAUGAAUUAGGGGAGGUCAUUAAAGACGACAUUUGGCCAAAUCCACUGCAGUACUACCUGGUGCCCGAUAUGGAUGACGAAGAAGGCGAGGGAGAAGAGGACGAUGAUGACGAUGAAGAGGAGGAGGGCUUGGAGGACAUCGAUGAGGAAGGUGACGAAGAUGAGGGUGAGGAAGAUGAAGACGAUGAUGAGGGAGAAGAAGGAGAGGAGGAUGAAGGAGAAGAUGACUGA